UUUUUUUUGAGGUUUUCUUACCUUAAUUUGUGAAAUUGCCUAUUCUGAAAAUUAUGCUACGACGUCAUCUCCACAACUUGUACCAUGUCAUAAGACGAAAACCCUGUUGCUGUUGGCAUUCUUCAAAACCCCUUCACCCAACUCAAUUUCGCCUUCGCUUCUCACUGUCUCCCCAUUCUCGCUCUCUCUGCUCCUCCUCUGCCGCCGCGGGCGCCGCUGAAAUCAAACUUACAUUGCAAAACAUGAAGGACAAAGCUAACAAGGCUGCUCAAAAGACGAGCUCACGUGCUCAGCAGGCCCAGGGCGGAGAAGAUGAGGGAUUGGAUCCAACGCAAUACUAUGAAAAUAGGCUGAAAGCACUUGAAGCUGAAAAGGAAGCUGGAAAGAACCCAUAUCCUCACAAAUUUUUUGCCUCAAUGUCAAUUCCUGAAUUUGUGAAUAAAUAUGGAAGCUUGGAAAGUGGGGAGCAUCUUGAAGAUGUUGAAGUGUCAUUAGCAGGACGAAUCAUGAACAAACGAUCGUCAUCGGCAAAAUUACUUUUUUAUGAUCUCCAUGGUGGUGGUGCUAAAGUUCAAGUUAUGGCUGAUGCAAGGAAAUCGGAUUUGGGUGAAGAUAAUUUUCCCACAUUUCACUCUGGUGUUAAGCGUGGAGAUAUUGUUGGUAUUGUUGGAUUUCCAGGCAAAACUAAAAGGGGAGAGUUGAGUAUUUUCCCAAAAAGAUUUGUAGUUUUGUCCCAUUGUCUUCAUAUGAUGCCACGGCAAAAGCUUGCUUCUGGGUCGGAUAACACUAAGAAAACUGAUCUGUGGGUCCCAGGAAGUGGGAGGAAUCUCGAGUCAUAUAUAUUAAAAGAUCAGGAAACACGAUACAGACAGCGUUAUCUGGAUUUGAUGUUGAACUUGGAAAUUCGUCAAAUAUUUAAGAUUCGAGCUAAGAUAAUCUCCUAUAUCAGAAGUUUUCUUGAUAAUCUUGAUUUCUUGGAGGUUGAGACACCCAUGAUGAACAUGAUUGCUGGGGGAGCUGCAGCACGUCCUUUUGUGACUCAUCAUAAUGAACUGAACAUGAAGCUGUUCAUGCGUAUUGCACCUGAACUUUAUCUCAAGGAGCUGGUUGUUGGUGGACUUGAUCGUGUUUAUGAGAUAGGAAAGCAAUUCAGGAAUGAGGGAAUUGACUUGACACACAAUCCCGAAUUUACUACAUGUGAAUUCUAUAUGGCAUAUGCUGAUUACAAUGACCUGAUGGAGCUGACUGAAAAAAUGCUCAGUGGAAUGGUGAAAGAGCUCACUGGGGGGUACAAAAUUAAGUAUCACGCAAAUGGACAGGAGAACGAUCCAAUUGAGAUUGAUUUUACCCCUCCUUUCAGAAGGAUUGACAUGAUAGAUGAGUUGGAGAAGAUGGCAAAUCUGAAUAUACCCAAGGAUCUCUCAAGUGUUGAAGCUAACAAAUAUCUGUUAGAUGCAUGUGCAAAGUUUGACAUCAAAUGUCCCCCUCCCCAAACAACUGCUAGAUUAUUGGAUAAGCUCGUCGGACACUUUCUGGAAGAGACUUGUGUCGACCCUGCUUUCAUAAUCAACCAUCCGGAGAUAAUGAGUCCAUUGGCUAAGUGGCAUAGGUCAAGCCCAGGCCUGACAGAACGGUUUGAGUUGUUCAUUAACAAGCGUGAACUUUGUAAUGCAUACACUGAAUUGAAUGAUCCCGUUGUACAACGGCAGCGCUUCGCUGACCAACUCAAGGACCGACAAUCUGGUGAUGAUGAGGCAAUGGCUUUGGAUGAGACCUUCUGCACAGCUCUCGAGUAUGGGCUACCCCCAACUGGUGGAUGGGGGCUCGGUAUUGAUCGGCUUGCUAUGCUACUGACAGAUUCACAGAAUAUCAAGGAAGUCUUGCUCUUUCCAGCUAUGAAACCACAGGAUGAGCCUUCCUCUAAAGAAAGUCAAAAGAAGGCUCAGGAUGAUUCAAUUGUGGCUGCGGACGGAUCUGCUAAGGCUUAGGAUGGACCGACUAAGGAUGGGCCAGCUACAGAAGCUGCCUAGUGAUUCGAACUCCAUUCUUCCAUUCAAUGCCACCGAAUCUGGAUCACUAUUUUCAAGAAAUGGCAAACUCAUUUUUGGUGCCAAUCGUGACAAGACUAUGACUAUGCAAUGUUGUAACUCCAUAUAGUUAGUUUGGUGAUUCACUUUCUUUUCUUUUUUUUUUUUUUUUUUUUCCAAACGAUAACAAUUGCAUUACUUGAAAACAGAAGAAACAAGGUUUGGAGCAAAGGCCCCUACAUCCAUUUUGGCUAUACUACUCAGCCAACUUGGAAAAGACUCCUUCCAAGCAAUCUCAGAAACUAAUUUUAAGGCAAACUUUGCCAAUUGAUGGGAAACAUUAUUCC